GGGCCAAAUCGAGGAGUCCGGAAGGGAUCACCAGUCCCUCGGGCCAGCCCACGUUUAGCUGAGGCCCGGCGCAGAGGGCGAGCUAAGAAAUUGAGUCAAGUGUCUGAGCAAGAUCUGGUGACCAACCUGCAGGACCUAGACCUUGAGGGUGACUCAGCAGUACCCUCAGGGACAGGCCUGGUGCUGGAUGAGAGAAUGGGUGGUUUCCACUGCCCCUGGGAUGAAAGUUUCCCUGAAAGACCAGAGCGCCUUCAGGCUGUGCAGGAACAACUGGCCAGGGACAGUUUGCUCGAGCGGUGUGUCCACAUUGAGGCCCAGCCAGCCACUCCCCAGGAGCUGCAGCUUGUCCAUAGCCAAGAAUAUGUGGACCUGAUGGCAUCUACACCACAGAUGACUGAAACAGAGCGUCAGGCCCUCUCAGACACUUACGAUUCAGUCUACCUGCAUCCGAACUCAUUCCCUUGUGCCCUCCUGGCUACUGGGGCGCUGCUUCGGCUGGUGGAUGCCUUGAUGCUAGGCGAGAUCCGAAAUGGACUAGCUGUUGUCAGGCCCCCUGGCCAUCAUGCCCAGCGUGAGAACAUGAAUGGCUACUGCAUGUUCAACAACGUUGCCAUCGCUGCCCGCUAUGCCCAAGAAAAGCACCAUGUCUCACGGAUACUCAUUGUGGAUUGGGAUGUCCACCACGGUCAAGGAACCCAGUUCAUCUUCGAGCAGGACUCCAGUGUCCUCUACUUCUCUGUUCACCGCUAUGAGCAGGGCCAAUUCUGGCCCCACCUAAAAGCUUCUGAUUGGCGGGCAACAGGCAGUGGCGAGGGUCAGGGAUACACUGUCAACGUGCCUUGGAACCAGGUGGGGAUGAGGGAUGGAGAUUACAUCAGCUCCUUCUUACACGUGCUGCUGCCCAUUGCUGUGGAGUUUCAGCCUCAAGUGGUUCUGGUGGCCGCUGGCUUUGAUGCCAUGCUGGGGGACCCCAAGGGAGAAAUGGCAGUCACCGCACCUGGCUUUGGCCACCUCACUCACCUGCUUAUGAGUCUGGCUAAGGGAAAGCUGAUUCUGUCUCUGGAGGGUGGCUACAACUUGCGUUCCCUUGCUUUGGCGGUCAGUGCCACUCUCCAAACCCUCCUGGGAGAUCCAUGUCCCAUGUUGGCCAUACCUUGUGCCCCCUGCCCCAGUGCCCUGGCUUCCUUGUCCUGUACCCUGGCUGCUCAGAGACCUUUCUGGAAGGUCAUACAGAGGUUUCGAUCUGCCCCUGAGGACAAGGAAAAAGAGCACAGGGAGGUGAGCCUAGGCCCCCCACCCAAUCUUGAGGCCCUGGGGAAACCCUUGGAGCAGGCCCUGCCCUUGCCUCUGAACCGAACAGGCUUGGUAUAUGAUGAGAGGAUGCUGGAGCAUUUCAAUAUGUGGGACAGCCACCACCCAGAGAGGCCAGGACGCAUUGCCCAGAUAGCUCAGCGCCAUGCAGAGCUUGGGUUGACCCCACGGUGCCUCCCCUUGCCUGCCCGGGCUGCUACGGACCACGAGCUGCUGAGCUGCCACAGUGAGGAGUAUAUUGAUCGUGUUCGGGCCACAAGUGGGCUGAAGCCUCGGGACCUGCACCGGGAGGGCGAAAAUUACAACUCCAUCUAUAUUUCUCCCCACUCCUUUGUCUGUGCCCAGCUUGCUGCUGGAGCUGCUUGCCGUUUGGUGGAGGCCAUCUUGGCCAGGGAGGUGCAGAAUGGGCUGGCCAUUGUCCGCCCACCAGGCCACCACGCUGAACGAGAUGCUGCCUGUGGUUUCUGCUUCUUCAAUUCUGUGGCCGUAGCCGCUCGCCAUGCUCAGGAGGUGGCAGGCCGGGCCCUUCGAAUCUUGAUUGUGGAUUGGGACAUUCAUCAUGGCAAUGGAACGCAGCACAUGUUUGAGGAAGACCCAAGUGUGCUGUAUGUGUCCCUGCACCGCUAUGAUCAAGGCUCCUUCUUUCCCAUGACUGAGGAUGGUGCUAGCAGCUAUGUGGGCCAGGGCCAGGGAGAGGGCUUCACUGUCAACGUGGCAUGGAAUGGGCCCCGCCUUGGAGAUCCUGACUAUCUCACCGCCAUGCACCAUGUUGUGAUGCCCAUUGCCUAUGAGUUCAACCCUGAGCUGGUGCUGGUGUCUGCUGGCUUUGAUGCUGCUCGGGGAGACCCACUAGGAGGCUGCCUAGUCUCCCCAGAGGGCUACGCGCACAUGACUCAUCUGCUGAUGGGGCUGGCUGGUGGCCGCAUUGCCCUGGUCCUUGAGGGUGGCUACAACCUAACGUCCAUCUCCGAAUCCAUGGCUGCUUGUACCCGGAUCCUUCUAGGUGACCCACCCCCGCUGCUCCCCUGGCUUCGGCCUCCGCUGCCUGGCACCUUCCUCUCACUGGCUAAGGUUGCCCAGAUUCACCAGAAGUACUGGCAGAGCCUUCGGCUUACUGCAGUAGAGAUGGAGGUGGAAGGAAGGGAGACCCCACUGGAGCCAGCUGAGGAGAGUGCCCUGGGGCAUAAGCAUCCUGAAGAGAGCCUCCCAGAGGCAUUGCCCAUAGGGCUGAAGCUAGAGGAACAGCCUCCAUCCCCCUUGCUUGAGGAGACCCUAGGCCUGCAGUCCCUGCGGCUCAGCGCCGUCAUUGCCAAAGAAGAGGAGUCUGAGGAGCCUGGCAUACUUGGGGAGGCAGCUGGGGGAGGGGUCCCAGCCACUCCCACCCUGCUGCUGACAGGGGACCAAUCUGAUGCUGAGGGGGCCACAUUCUAUGCUGUGAUCCCACUGUCCUGGUGCCCACACCUGGUGACUGUGCACUCAGUGCCUGAAGGGGGCCUGGAUGUGACCCAGCCUUGCCAGGACUGCAGCAGCCAUCUGGAGAAUUGGCUCUGCUUGGCUUGCUAUCAGGUUCAUUGUGGCCGCUACAUUCAGGCUCACAUGCUCCAGCACCAUGAGGCCUCAGGCCACCCACUGGUCCUAAGCUAUGCCGACCUGUCAGCCUGGUGUUACACCUGCCAGGCCUACGUGAACCACGAGGUUCUGCUGGAGGCCAAGAAGACUGCAUACCAGUCCAAAUUUGGGGAGGAGAUGCCAACGUCGCCAUGACAGCUGAUUGCCCUCCUUGAUGCAGCUGUUCUUUUGGAUUGUUGCUCUAAUUCCUGUGUCUUCUCUAGCAAAGACACCGGAUUCCCUAAAUUAAAAAAAAGAAAACCCAAAAAGACAAUUGCUUCCCUACCCACCCAUUUUGUAGUUGAUGGGGGGAGGAGGGAGGUCAAAAGUGCCACCAUAAGGUAACAAUCUUAAUGCAAGGCAAGCUGGUGUCAGUGCCAUGGGGAGAGACUGUUCCCGGGAAAUUGGAGUAAACUCGAAUGAAAUUUGAGUGAAACCCAAAAGGGCCUGGGGAAAUGCCUCAGAAGUUGGCAGGGGCUGAGGAUACCAGAGAUGAGCCAGACUCUGCUUUGCUUGUAGGGGCAGAAAG